GCGCUGUUGUAGUAAAUAAAAAAAUAUCGUCAGCAGAGCUUUGCAGAGAGGUGCCGAUUCGCAAGCUCUCUAAAUAACCUAAAAUUCCACCAAAUAAUAUGGCUAGCUCCACUACAUUAGAUACUGUCUGGGAGAAGGUUUUUGAACGAUAUAAAGAGACUUGGUCAUGGUAUGAACACUGGGUGUCAAAGAACCCGACAACUGUCGCUCACAUUGAAAACACGUUCAGGAUCCUGUCGUACAUGAUUGCAGGACGUUUCGAAGAGUCUCAAGUUAUGUCAGAGUUGAUUUUUGCAGCAUCUAAUCUACUUGUGUUGUUCCACGACAACAUCUUUCGGCGGACACUUGAAACUUUCAAAUCCAACAUUUGCUUUUCUCAGGCAAGGUUGAUGCAGUGGCUGACCAUUACAUCAUACAUGGAAGUAUUUAUAGAGCUGGCAGCAUCUCGUAUUGGUGGAGAGUUUACCAGGUGGACCAUGAUACUGGUGGUCCAGAUUUUUAAGGCUACCUUACGGCUAAUUCUUCUUUUGAAAUAUAAGUACGGAAUUCAGAAAUCAACUCCAAUUAGCCCAGUAAAAAGAGAAAAUAUCAAAGCAGAAGAAGUUAAUGAUGAAAAUGAUGCCGAGAACAACCAGAGUGAGAAAUUGUCAACGUCAUUAACUAAAGGGGAUUUAGAGACCUCAACGCACAAAGAAGAGCUAACGGAAAGUCUAUUUAAAGGGCGGCGGUGUGGUCGUACCGUAAGAACACUUAAAUCAUCACCACCCUUAAGUCAGAGAACUUGGAAAUUGCCUGAAGACAAGACGGAGGUGAGCCGACUUGAAGUAUCAAUGGAGCCAACAGAAUUAAGCAAGCAACGUCUCAUCGGUGAAGGAAUACAUAUCAUUAGGCCUCUAGCUCAUUUGUCUUCCAUGUUUUGUUUUGGUAUGAACUCCUGGACACCUUGGCUUCUCUCCAUUGGAUUAGAUCUAUCAAGUUUACAUUUUAUUGGGGAAACCGAUGACCUGAAUCCAGAAGAGAAAUCAGAAGUGAAAAGGCGGACAACAGCACUGCUUAUUUACUUGUUACGGUCUCCAUUCUUUGAUAGAUAUUCAAAAAUGAGGAUCCUAAGUAUGUUGAAGGGGUUUUCACAGCGAUUUCCAGCAUCUAGCCUCAUUAUCGGUCCAUUGAUGGAGUACCUUCCUAUCUGGCAGACAACCUACUUCUACAAUUGGACAGUGUGAUAUACUGGGCUGGCUGUCAUUACAACAUGUUAUUUGCUUCUCGUGUGGCAAUUUUUUUCAGUACAUUCCUACUUUUAAUAGAAUACUAUACAAUAAUAGUGGGAAGAAUAUUUUCAUGAGUUGAAAGAUUGACUGUUCAUUCGAUGAAUGGAGGUGUCAAUCUUUCAACUCAUGAAAAUAUUCUUUCCAUUACAGUACUGUACUUGUUUUAUAACACACCUAAAAUAGAUUCUUGUCAUUUGGUAUUUUAUGAAAAAAUCUUCCUUAGUCUUGUGUCUCUUUAACUAAUCAAAAGAUUGUAUUAGGUUGAUUGCCAUAUUGUGUCCUAGGCACUGUGUAAUGGGAAGAAAUGGGUGAAAUACAGAUGCAUGGUGGAAUUAAAUUUCCAUGAGUGACAAAUUGGGGUAAAUAACCAAUAUCACGCGAUACGAAAUCCACCAAUCAAAUGACAGGGAUCUAUUUAAGUGUGUUAUAUUACAUUUUAAUUCAAAGUUUAUGCCUACAAAUUGGUGGAUGUAAUUGCUUGACAGACCAAGAAAGAGAAAUUACUGAUGAUGACAUAAUGAAUGUGGAUAUAGUGAAUCCCAACACAAUGAUGUGUAUUUCAAUACUUGGAGUAUAUACAUUAUUAUACAGUACUUUCUAAUCUCGGAAUAAUCAAUGGACCUUUUGGUUAAUGAGAAGUUUCUCACCAAGGAGGCCUCUUAUUACCAUGUAAUGUUUUUUAGUGGCGAAAGAAAAGGAAGCUUUAUACUAUUACAUCUGUACUUGAAAAUACUGUAUGUUAUCGUCACAAAUGAAGCCUCUGAUAGCAUGUUUUAUCCCCGCACGGGAUGGCAAAGCCGACUUGUCUGUCGCAGUGGCUAAAAAUUGAUUGAUGUCGAUAGUGUAUGCCUGUACUGUAAAAAUUGCUUAUUAAUAAAUGAUAGUGUUCUACAUAAAGGCCCAGCCAAAGGUCAACGAACUCCGCUAGCUGAGCCACCACAUUUAUAUUCAUAGUUUUGCAUGUUAUUGCUGAUGCCAAGGCAAGACUUUUUUUAUACCUUGUUUAGCGACCCUGCUGCCCGCAAAUGAUUUCAAAUAAAUAUAAAAUUUAAUUUUUUGCCAAUUAACGCACCCACCGCUGCCUUGAAAUUGCCAAAAAUAAAAUGUUUCUUCCUAAUCAUAUAAAUUUGAAGCAUUUAAAAAUCCAUUGCUACACUGUCACAUUCAAUAAUAAAAAUUUAUUUUUAUUUUUUCCGUCUUGAUGUCUUUGGCGAAAACAAAGAAGAAAUUUAAAGAAAUAAGUUAGCGAAACAAGGUAUAAAAUGUUUCUCACCUAACGCAGUAUUGAUAAUAUUCAAAUAUUGGAUUGUAGAAGUGACAAGUGCAUUUUGUUCUGCAGUAUGUAAAUCCACUCUUGUAUGCCCAAUUGGCUUAUACUGUACUGUACAUACAAAACAAUAUUGACGAGAGGAAUUAUAAUUCAAUAAUGUAGUGGCUUUUUCUGCUAAAUGUACUGUAAUUGGAUCUUUUAUGGGAUUGUUGGCUAUUUCUUGAAAAUAGUCAUGAAUAAAAUUUUAUUAUAGUAUAAGGUUUCUAAGACACGUAUUUAUUACUGUCCGAUUGUAAAGAUAUACUGUACACUACUGGCAGCGAGCUAGCUAGUCUCAUUAUGAGGGUUUGACACUGGACUUGUUUUUGGUCGCGAGAAAAAAAUUUUGACGACUCCCGGACCAUACUCAUGUGCAUGCAGAUGCUAUGUUGAUUAGCUACAGUAAUAAAUAUACAUACAGUACUGUACUGUACUUUGAAA